CCCGGUCGCGAGUAUUGAUGACGAAGAGGACCAGGUGGUCACUGGCGAACAGGAUGACAAGGAGAUGCUACUGUCAAUGGACGCGAUCAUGGCGGAUGACAACCUGCUUCCGACGAUGUGGGAUGUGUUGAAGCAACGCUCUGAUCCUGCGAACUUACUCGAUUUCGUCGUCAACCUGAUUGCGAGCCGCGCUGGUAGCAAGGCCGAGUACCUCCGUUCCUCAAGGCCACGCCGUAUCCCGGACCUCACGUUGCUGUCCCGGCGAGCAUGGAUCACUUUCAUGGAGAUGCUAGCAGACUUAGCAGGUCGCCGCCAGCUCUCGCCUCCACCUGUCUCCAACCCCGACUGGCCGUAUAAGACAAUCUUACUCCUUCUCUCCACCUCUCAUUACCCCUUGCCUAGCUCUGCGAAGGCAUGUCUUCUCAGCCGUCUCAUGGCUGCAUCAGGAUCGCUUGAAGGCGCGGACGCGUUCGCUCGAUGGAUAGGCCCGCGUUCCCACGAACAGGAAGUUGCUAUAGACCUUCGUCCCUUAUUCGAUCGACUGUGCUUAGCUUCGGAUCAAGGCAUCCAAGACGACGAGAAUGCCUUGCUACCCAUAGCUGCAAUCCUGGCCAACGAUAACAUCCUUCCGACGAUGCUCGAUCUGUUAAAGCAGCAAACACACAACCCUGUCCAAUCUCUCUCCUGCAUCGCUCAUCUCAUUGUCGGACGCCUUGGCACUGAUGCCAGCCACAUCCUAUUGGUAAGGCUGCGCUCCAUCCCGGACCUCACCUUGUUGUCUCAGCUGGCGUGGGACAUUGUCAUGGAGAUGCUCGUCGACUUGGCGGACCGCCGCCAACCCAGCGGGCCCUUGGACGACUCGAGUCCUGACUGGCUGCACAAGACAACAUUACUCCUUCUCUCCACCUCCCCAUAUCCUCUCCUCGAUUUCGCCCUGGCAUGCGUCCGGGGCCUUCUUCCUGAUGCACCAGUAUUGGCUGCAGCGAUGCCGGUUGCGCAAUGGAUAACUUCACGACCUAAUGAGCAGGAGUUCAACCUUCAUUCGUUAUUUCGUCCGAUACCUGGAGCCGAUGAGCGCGCCAGCCAGGGCGACAAGGACAUUCUGCUAUCUAUAGCCGCCAUCAUGACCGACGACAACCUGCUUCCAACAGUGCGGAAUAUGUUAAAGCAGUCCACGUACGACCCUAUGCAAUCUCUCUCUUUCAUCAUUCAUCUCAUCGUCAGCCGCCUCGGUGCUGGUGCUGAAUACCUCCUUCCUGUCAGGCUGCGUGCCAUCCCAGAUCUCACAUCGAUAUCCCGCCGGACGUGGGACACGUUGAUGGAGAUGCUAGUGGACUUGGCAGACCGCCGUGAUCCCAGCGGCUCCUUGCUCAUCUCGAGUCCCGACUGGCUGCACAAGCUGACGUUGCUCUUUCUCUCCACUUCUCCGUAUCCCCUCCCCAACUCUGCAGUGGUAUGUCUCCGCCGCCUUCUCGCCCAUAAUAAGGAAGAAUGGGAGGGCGCAGUUUUGUCUAUCGCUCGAUGGAUAUCCCCACGCCCUGACGAGAAGUCGUUCGUCUUCCGCCCGCUCUCCGAUCGGCUGCAACCAGUCUAUGAGCACGGUGGCCAAGACGAUGAAUGUCUGCUCACGGUGCUUUUCAUGUAUUCAGAAUUCCUUCGCCCAUACCGCUCAACCUCUCCCAGCCCCGGGGUGCAACCACCAUCGCUGUAUACAAUGCUGUCUCAGGAACCGGACCUCUUCGAGCACCAGAUGGCACGUCCAAUAUUAGACGACAUCUGGAAUCUUAUCCACUCAGUGUUACUGUUUGAUAGCAAGUAUGAUAGUCCACGUACCCUCAAUGGUCGAAAUGAGUGCAUCCAUAUUCUCUGGGAGUUGUCAGACAGGAUGGUUAGGAGAGACAAUGGGAUUGCAAGUCUUGCCGCAUACUGGGGGAACGAGCAAUGGGAUCUCCUCGCAUUAACUCACACGUUUUCAUCGCUACAUCACUUUACACAUGCUCCGCGUACAUAUAUGUUGCAGUUGUGCAUGGAUGCAUUUGCCGGUACCCAUGACCAGGCGAAGAUUGCGGAGAAUUCAGCGACGGUUGCGUGCCAGUUUGAGGACGGCACAUUCGACGACACGGGGCGAUACAUCCCAAUAGACAUGGUCCGCUUCUGCUACCUUCACAUCCGGCUAUAUGCGGAGCACAUCCAAGGGGGCCCACCGACUGUCAUAGCGUCGUCUCUAUCGGAUCGUAGUGCGACACUUCCAGAGCCAGUCACAUGGACGAGCCUCUGGGAUGCAACAAGCGCUGCUCUACACAAGUACUCCGCAGAAGAGGGGUGCCCCGAUGCAUCUGCGCGCGAGCCAACCUUCCCGGACGAGCUCAUUGCCGCGCUCGGCUUCUUCAUCUUGCCAGAAGACGUCUCGAAGUACCCGAGGCUCGCUAGGCUCCAGGAGCGAGAGCGACCUGGACUGCCACAGCCAGCAUCCAGGACCGCAAGCCCCUCCGGCUCUGCGGAUAUGCUGUCGCUGAGGGACGUCACCGAGCCCCCGCCGUCUUCGCAACCGGCAAUCCAGUUGACCCAGAACGGGCCGUCGCAGGAGGAACCGUCCUCGACGCAGUCGAACGGGAGAUCUCACCACAUUGCUCGGGACGCGGAGGAGUCACGGGUGGACGCGGGGAGUACGAGAGGGCACGCAGGCGCAGAGGAAGGACCGAUGAACGACGAACCGGGCGCCGCUCGUGAUGGCGCGGCUGUGAGAGGCAAGGUGGGCUUUGACGAAGCUGGCGACGAAGCUACCGAAGACGACGAAAGUGAAGGGGGCGUUGCGAGCGAAGGCGAUGCGACAGAACGUGGGCCGGACGAAGACAAUGCGCAGGUCGACGAAAGGCAAGCUGCCAUCGCAGAUCACCUCGGCCCGCCGGGCGGAGGAGGCGAGGUCGGUGGCGAGGUCGGAGGUUACGGCAGUAGUGGAAGUGGGCAUGAGCCACCAGGACGAGACGGCAUUGAGGGCCGCGACGGGGUCGGCACGAAAUUUGUCGAGUAG